AUUUGUUUGCUGGUGGGGGCUGUUUAGGCCUCAAUGUACCUGGAAUGCCAGGGCCUAUUUUGACUCCCAGUCCAGACCUGGGUGGGGAUGAUGCAGGUAAAAUCUAUGUAGGGAACUAGUACUCAGCAGGUCCCCAGUCAGCAACCUAUGCUUUGCAGGAGGGAAGAAUUCUCAAUGGCAGCUUACUACAUCCUGUUCCUUCCUAGAAAAGGGAAGUGAACAUGUUUUCAGUUUCUGCUCAGCUGAAUGAGCGGCUACAGUAUGACUCCUGUGCAAUCGCAAUGGCAGCACAUUCAGCAACUUCACAAAGCCAUGCCUAUAUUUCCCCGAGCCAUUCCAUUGGGCUAUGCCACAGACAGUUCAGCUACAAAACCUUUCCGUUAGCCCCUUCCAGCAAUGGCUCGUCUAAAAGAGAGGGUUACAGUGUAACAAUGCAGCUGUGGUCAUUUGUCCGGCGCACCACACUGUCCCUUACAUAUAACUCCCUCUACGUCACACACAUAACAACACACCCCCUGCUUGUCUUAUUCCCUUGAACCCCUUGCAGUCAAUCUAAUGACUCACAUAUAAUUAGAUGACAACAGCCAAGGGUUCUAUGCAAAAUAUACCUAACGGCGUGACGUCAAAAAAAUCAGCUGCUGCUUCUCAUGUGACUGACAAAGCCCCGCCCCUCCAGUUUGUCAACUCUUGUUGCCAAUGUGUGUUCUCAGUGCCAGUCAGUGCCCGCUUGUAGUGAUAUGGGAAGUGGGAAGAGCAGGGCAUAGCGUACAGAAACGCAAGAAAAUGCCAGCGGUUACUGGAAACGGAGACGUACUGUAAGCUAUACAGUAGGCAACAAGCGGCAGCGACAUUGUAACUAGGGCGGGUACUUAUGCUCUGCUCACCUAGCGCCCGUGCACCCCGAGCGAAGCGGCCCUGAGCAGCGCCACCUCCAUUGCUGACUUCUACUUAGAGCGGGGCCGUCCGCUGCUCCCACUUAUGUCCCGCAAAGCCAGCGACAAUGCGGAGUACACGCUGCGGAGCCUGAGCAACCUAAUGGGGGAGAAAAAAAGGAGGAAACAGCAACAGGAGGAGACGGCUGGGGAGAGGAGUCUCAUAGCCUCCGCCGAGUCUUGCGCGACUAUCAAUAGUCAAUCAACAGCCGCCGCCGGGGACUUGGAGCGAGCGGCCCGCAAGCAAUUCCAGCAGGAUGUCACUCCGACUUUUGUAUAUGUCGUGUCCGUGUUCUCGGCCCUCGGGGGCUUCCUGUUCGGCUAUGACACCGGGGUUGUGUCGGGGGCCAUGCUGCUCCUCAAGAGGGAGAUGAACCUUUCGGCUCUAUGGCAGGAGCUGCUGGUCUCCAGCACUGUGGGGGCAGCGGCAUUGUCGGCUCUGGCAGGCGGCGGACUGAAUGGAGUUCUGGGUCGCAGACCCUGCAUUCUCAUGGCCAGCCUUCUAUUCACAGCUGGAGCCGCGAUCUUGGCUGCUGCCCGCGACAAGGAAACGCUGCUAGGGGGACGCGUGGUGGUGGGACUCGGUAUCGGUAUUGCAUCUAUGACAGUGCCAGUGUACAUUGCAGAAUCAGCUCCACCCCAUUUAAGAGGAAGACUGGUUACCAUUAAUACACUCUUCAUCACAGGAGGACAGUUCUUUGCUGCAAUGGUGGAUGGAGCAUUUAGUUAUCUUCCACGAGAUGGCUGGAGGUAUAUGCUUGGACUUUCAGCUGCACCUGCAGUUCUGCAGUUCUUUGGGUUUCUUUUUCUUCCAGAAAGUCCACGUUGGCUUAUUCAGAAGGGCCAAACACAAAAAGCAAGAAGAGUCUUAUCUCAGAUUCGUGGAAAUCAAACUAUUGAUGAAGAAUAUGACAGUAUAAAAAACAGUAUUGAUGAAGAAGAGAAGGAAGGAGGAACAGGUGGACCUAUUAUUUAUAGAAUGCUGAUAUAUCCCCCAACUCGACGUGCACUUAUUGUUGGCUGUGGGUUGCAGAUGUUCCAGCAACUGGCGGGUAUCAACACCGUAAUGUAUUACAGUGCUACCAUAUUGCAGAUGUCUGGUGUGGAUGAUGACAGACUUGCUAUUUGGCUUUCUGCUGUUACAGCUUUUACUAAUUUUAGUUUUACACUACUCGGGGUAUGGCUAGUUGAAAAACUUGGCAGAAGAAAACUCACACUCGGAAGUCUCACAGGUACCACAGUUGCCCUUUUUGUCCUUGCUUUGGGUUUCUUAUUGUCUGCUCAGGUAUCACCACCUGUUACAUUUACGCCAGGUGAUCCUUCAGGUCAGAAUUCUACUUGUACAAAAUACAGUUAUUGUAGCAAAUGUAUGUUAGAUCCAAACUGUGGGUUCUGCUUCAAGAAGAACGGCUCAAGUAUAGUUGACUCGUCAUGCAUCCCUGUUAACCCAGAAUCUACUGACAGAUCGGCAUGGGGAAGAUGUAUGAAUGAAAGCAGAUCCAAAGCAGAGGGCUCCAUGUGGGCUUAUAAUUACUGUCCCACUUCAUACUCUUGGACUGCUCUUGUAGGACUCAUUUUGUAUUUGGUCUUCUUUGCACCUGGAAUGGGGCCAAUGCCAUGGACUGUGAAUUCUGAAAUCUAUCCUUUGUGGGCAAGAAGUACAGGAAACGCAUGUUCCUCUGGAGUGAAUUGGAUUUUUAAUGUCCUGAUUUCACUCACAUUCUUACACACAGCAGAGUAUCUCACAUACUAUGGAGCAUUCUUCUUAUAUGCAGGAUUUGCAUGUGUGGGACUCAUAUUUAUUUAUGGGUGCCUUCCAGAGACUAAAGGGAAGAAACUGGAGGAAAUGGAAUCUUUAUUUGAAAGCAGGCUGUGUACAUGUGGUGCCUCUGAUUCCGACGAGGGGAGGUAUAUAGAAUAUAUAAGAGUCAAGGGAAGUAAUUACCAUCUCUCUGACAAUGAUGCGUCUGAUGUGGAAUAAUUUUCCUCUGCAGAUGCGUGUUAAUCAUUUAAUAGCCUUCCAAGGAAGGGCAGCUAUGGGUGACCUCACAGUCCUGCUUCUGGUCUGGUUCCUUCUACAGUUCAAAAUGAACUUUUUAAAUAACAAUAUUAUCUAGGUUUCAUGAUGUUUUCAGUGGGAAAAGGGUACAAGAAACAACACUCGAUUACUUGUUUACUUUAAGUUAUACAGUGUGCUUUCAGACAAUCUCCAAAUUGUAAUUUGCACAAGGCAAUGUGCAUUACUGUGCAGUUUUUCUUGCAAUUUGUCAUGGUGUUUGUUGUUCUUCAUGUUCUUUGCAUUGUUGAAGUCUUCCUUUGGUAAUGCCUAAGUAGAAAUAAUACAGUACAGUGAACGGUGCGCAAUCAAAACAAAUUCCAGGAACUUUUUCAUUUUUAUUUGUUUUUUUUAUCUGUGAAAACAAGUGUAUUAAUAUUUGGCAGGAAUUUUGUAUAUUGUGUAUACAUUUUUUUGAGAGAAAUAACAUUCCAAAAAUGAAUGUUUUCUGCAAAGAAUAAUGUUUGUGAAAUGUGUGAAUCUAUAAAAAUAGAAGAAA